UGGCAAAUGCAACUCAUGGUAGUGCAACUCCUUAAAACAGAUAAACUUGUGAAAAUGGAUGCUUAGCGCGCGGGUUCGGGAGAUGGCAGCGCUGCUUUCCGCCUUGUAUACCGCAAACACUCAUUGGCUGAUGCGGGCAUGCUGAAGCCCAGCCUCUCACGUGACACGGGAUAAAUGCCCGCCCGCUAACAUCCCUGGUGCCAGACAAUCACAGACAUCUGUCAGAACCCUCCUGUCUCACCUUUUACGCUUCUGGGAAUGACGUUAAUUGGACACAACUUAUAUUCUUGGUGAUUUCUGUAAACGCUACGAUAUUCAAAAUUAUUUGAAAACAUCAAGUUUAGGCCACAGCAUCGUCAAAGUUUGGGGCUACCUUAAAAUGACUGGGGUUUUCGACAGUCUGAAUACAGAUAUGCAUUCAAACCAGAUUACCUCCAACAGCUACCACAGCUUGCACAAAUCGCAGGAGUCACCAACUUUACCUGUGUCGACCGCAACGGAUAGCAGCUAUUAUAACAACCAACAGCCUGGACACUGCGCGGGGUCUCCUUACGGGCAGCUCGGUUCUUAUCCAUACCAUAACGGGGGUCUGAACAACAUCCAAUACAACAAGUCAUACGAGCUAGGAUUCAACUCCUCGUUUGGUUCAUACGGCUCCUAUGGCUCCAGCGUAUCACCAACACCAACCGAUGCAGAUAAAGAGGAGAGCGAACCUGAAAUCCGAAUGGUCAACGGAAAGCCAAAGAAGGUCCGAAAACCAAGAACUAUUUAUUCAAGCUUCCAGCUUGCCGCCCUGCAGAGGAGGUUUCAGAAGACACAGUAUUUGGCGCUGCCCGAGAGAGCUGAACUGGCAGCGUCUUUAGGCCUUACGCAGACCCAGGUGAAAAUCUGGUUCCAGAAUCGACGCUCCAAGUUUAAGAAGUUGUGGAAAAGUGGAGAAAUCCCCCCGGAGCAGCACGUGGCCUCAAGCGAGUCUCCUCCUUGCCAUUCUCCGCCGGUCUCCGUGGCAUGGGACUUUCCACAGAAUCAAAGAAUGAACAAUGUGAACUCGGGGCUGCCUCCGCCGCAGAGCAGCAGUCCUCCGAACACAAACGCUCCGUCCUUUUUGGCGAAUUAUUCCUGGUACUCUCCGACGAACUCAUCCCCACAUCUGCAGCCUAACACGCUGGUACAACACCAUCACAAUUCAGCCAUGAGUGCUGGGACGAUAUUUUAGCAAAUGACUUUUUAAUCAUUAUUUCUUUGACCUGGAGAAGUUUGCCGAUGUCACUGUUCCAGUGACUCCCAACGGAUGCCCGGACUCCUCUAGUUUUGGCCAAUAUUUAUGUGCCAGUGUCUUUCUACGUGAUGCACUGUUUUUGUUUAUGGAAAAUUAAGGGGAACUGGCUGGCGCAAAAGCAGUGCGCAAUUAUUUUUGUAUUUAUUUAUUUUGUUUAUGUAGGUGGUAAAUACCGGAUAACAUGUAACUGUUCACCAAACCACUAAACCCAAAGCGAUAUUAAAUAUAUAGCAUGCUCCACAUGCGAACAUGACUGUCUCCCCUCUCUACAGGAUGCGUAUAUCAAUGUCAAAUAUGUAGCACAUCAUUUUGAAAAGACAAAAAACUGUAUCGUGCCUUUCCAGAAAAAAUGACCUCACUGUUGUCCAACAUAAAUGUUUUGUUGUGUUUCUACAAUCGUCUCGUUUGUGUUUUAUAGACGUUAUGAAAUCCUAGGUGCAAUGCCAUCACUGAAUGUUGUUUUCUACAUUUUUCUACAUUUUGUAUUUCGCAUUUUCUUGAAAACUGGAACAGCAUCAAACGGAACACAACAAAUAAGCUACUGAUGGUUUUGCGCUCACAUAGGCCUAUAGUUUUAGGCUGUU